UGAGAAUUAUAACUAAUUAUUCAUGAGAACAUUAAAUAGGUACUUUAUUCGAGGUAAAAAUUCUCUUUUGAAGGGGAAAAAAAAGAGGGUAGAUGAUAAGAGUAAUUAAUAUUUUUGAAUUUCAUCAAUGAGUAAAAAUGGUUACAAAUUGAUGAACAUGUUAUGAUCCUACAUUAAUGAAAGUAAUGGGUGUGAAUAAAAUUGGGGAAUAUUAUUAGAGAUGGUGUCGUUUAGUAUCCAGGGAACUGUGGUGGCGGCGGCGAUGCGUACUGGAAGCCAAUAUUUGGUGGCAGGAUCACGUCCUCGAAUUCU